GCCCGGCCGGGCCGCGCCGCCGCCACCACGGGAAGCGCCCGGGAGUUUUCCACGCUCCGAGGCUGUCCCUGUGCAUCCCCCGAGGAGCCGGCGGGGCCCAGCCUUUCCCGGGGGAACAUGGACUGAAAGAGGAGCUUUGGCAGACCCCAGCUGCCAGCACCCUUCACCUGGACCCUGAUGGACUCUGAGGCAGGACUGCAUUACCAUGGUGAUGAUCUUAACCAAAACUCGGGAAAACAAAGGUGCUGACUCCGUAACAUGCAGGACUGAGCUGCACACUCCAAAGAUGAGUCAAGGACCUACCCUCUUCUCUUGUGGCGUGAUGGAAAAUGACAGAUGGAGAGAUCUCAGCAGGAAGUGUCCACUUCAGCUCGAGCAGCCGGGCGCCAGCAUCUGGGACUGCUUGUCGGACAAGGGCGAGGAGGGCCCGCGCUGGCCCAGGGAGGGGACCAGCACCUGCUCCGUCACCAACCUGAUCAAGGACCUGAGCCUCAGCGACCCCCACGGCAACGCCUCGGCCCCCCCCAGCAAGCGCCAGUGCCGCUCACUCUCCUUUUCCGACGAGAUGUCGGGCUGCGGGACCUCGUGGAGACCCCUGGGCUCGAAGGUGUGGACGCCGGUGGAGAAGCGCCGGUGCUACAGCGGGGGCAGCGUGCAGCGCUACUCCAACGGCUUCGCCACCAUGCAGAGGAGCUCCAGCUUCAGCCUGCCCUCGCGCUCCAACCCGCUCUGCGCCGAGCAUCCCGCCCUCGGCGGACGGAUGGGAUGCCAGCCCAGGAAAACGGCUGCUGGCGGGCACGGAGGAGAGCGGGUGGACAUCCAGAGGUCCCUGUCCUGCUCGCACGACCGCUUCUCCUGCUCGGAGUACGGCCCGCCCUCGGCCAGCAGCACGCCUGCCUCCACGCCGGAGCUGGGCCGCCGUGCCGGGGGGCUCUCCCGGAGCCGCUCCCAGCCCUGCGUCCUCAACGACAAAAAGGUGGGAGUCAAGCGGCGGAGACCAGAGGAGGUCCAGGAGCAACGGCCCUCGCUGGACCUCGCCAAGAUGACCCAGAACCGCCAGACUUUCAACAGCCUCACCUGCCUUAGCGCCGCGGCCGAGGAGGGCUCCCAGCGGCCCCCCGGCCCCCCGCCCUGGAGCGCAGCCCCCCGCUCCCCCGAGGUGAUGCCGGGCAGGACCCCCGCCUGCACCCCGGUGCCGGAGCCGCCGCGCCCGCAGCCCGAGGACCCCCGGGCCAGCAGGGAUGACCUCUCCUGCGAGGAGGAGGAGGAGGGCGGCGGGAAGGAGGAGGACAGGGUGACCUGGCGGAGCAGCGGGACAGGCGCUGAGAGCCUCUUCCAGCUGGACGGUGAGAUCGACAUCGAGCAGAUCGAGAACAACUGAGGAGGGAGCGGGUCCUCUCGCCCCGGUGUCGGGGGGCUGCCAGCAGAGCCCUGGAGGGCUCCUCGCUGUGGUUUGCGGGGUCCUGUCACUGCUCCCCCUCCUGCCAGCUGGAGGGGACAAAGCAGCUUUGCCAAAAUUUCAUCAGGUAUUUAGAGCAAUUUGUGUGCAUGCGUGUGUAAAUCUUGAAAUUCUUUGUAACUACUGUAGCCAGAGAUCAGCCAAGUCGGAGGAAAGUGCCUGUCCGAUAGGAAAACCAGGCACAGGGAUUGCCAAAAUCUCGCCAUUAGCGAGUAAAUGGCUUUUCCCAGGACAGGGUUGGAGCUGAUGGAGCUGGCCAUGCUCCCCUGGGUCCCACCUGUGCUAGUUCAGAAAGGGAUACACAAGGAGAAACCACCACCCCUGGGGCUGGAAAAAGUGGGGGAAAACCAGAAUAUUGAGAUUUGCAAUCCGAGCACUGGCUGGUGGCUACUGCCAGUGUAGCUGUGGCUCCUUUUUUCCUGCCACAUCCCGUGCAGCCCCAGCACCCCCUCUCUCCCCGUGUCCCUGGCAGUGCCGUGAGAAGGAAAUCACAAGUGAAGUCUUUUGCUUAAAUUUAAUAAUGGCAAGAGCUGGAUUUUUACU